AGUUUAUUAUAAUUCAGUUAUAGUCUAUUUUCCUUAAGAUCCGUGAAAACAAUAUUAUAAUGUUAAUUUUUCUAAGUUAUAACUUGGAAUAAAAAAUAGAACUAAAGGAUAAUGGUAGAACCAGGAAUUAUUAGAAAAUUAGACGAAGAUGUUGUGAAUCGUAUAGCAGCUGGCGAGAUUGUACAAAGACCGUCAAAUGCUCUAAAAGAAUUAAUUGAAAACAGUUUAGAUGCACAUGCCACAAAUAUAAUAAUAACUGUUAAAGCUGGUGGUUUAAAGUAUUUGCAGAUCCAAGACAAUGGCACUGGCAUCAGACAUGACAACUUGGACAUUGUCUGUGAGAGAUUCACUACAUCCAAACUGCAGCAAUAUGAGGACUUACAGGAGAUCAGUACUUACGGCUUCCGAGGUGAAGCCCUGGCUAGUAUCAGCUAUAUCUCACAUCUCACUAUACUUACCAAGACAGCAAAUGAUAAAUGUGCCUAUAAAGCUUCAUAUGAAAAUGGUAAACUAAAAGGACCGAUAAAAGCCUGCGCUGGUAACAACGGUACACAAAUAACUGUCGAAGACCUCUUUUAUAAUGUGAUAGCUCGUAAAAAGUCCCUCCGAAGUCCUACUGAAGAGUAUUCUCAUAUAAUGGAGGUUGUAGGCGGGUAUGCCAUACAUAAUAGCCAUGUAGGCUUCACUCUGAAGAAAUUCGGUGAGAAUACAGAUAUUAAAACUGCUAUUAAAUCAACUGUGGUUGAAAAUAUUAGAAUUAUUCAUGGCAACAGCAUAGCCCGUGAGUUAUUAGAGAUUGAAUUAAAGGAUGAAACUUUGAAAAUGUCUAUGCAAGGAUUUAUUACUAAUGUCAAUUACUCACAUAAAAGAGGGACUAUGCUAUUAUUUAUAAACCAUCGUUUAGUGGACUCGCAGAGUAUACGAAAGGCGGUGGAUUCAGUUUAUUCAACGUAUUUGCCAAAGAAUUCACAUUCUUAUGUCUACCUUAGUAUUGUACUAGAUCCCAGGAAUGUGGAUGUGAAUGUUCAUCCAACAAAACAUGAAGUACAAUUUUUAUAUGAAGAGCAGAUAAUUGACAGGAUCAAAUCUUGUAUUGAAGCUAAACUACUCAGUUGUAAUUCAUCCAGAGUUAUGUACACGCAGGCUCGUCUGCCUGGAGCAACAAUGGUUGAUGAAAUUAUUAAAAAAACAACCGACGGUGCUAAAAUUUAUGCGAAAGAUUUGGUCAGAGUCAGCUCUGAUACACAGAAAAUAGAUAAAUUCUUUCAAAUCGCAAAACGUAAUGAAAACGAAACAAUAAAUACAGAGAAAGAUGAAGAAAUUAAAAAUAAACCAGUCAUACAAAUUAAUGAUGAAAAUACAGAUGUUCUAGAAAAUUCUCUGAUAGAGGAACCGAAAGAAAUAAAAAGCAAGGAAAAGUGGAAUUUACACACAGGUGUAGACCAAGGAAAUAUAACUUAUAUAGAUCCAAAGGAAUCGUUUAAAACAAGAACAUUUAAAUAUGAGAGGGUAGAAACAAAACUGACUAGCGUUAAGCAACUCCGUAUGGAUGUGGAGGGUAGUUGUAAUAUGAAUUUGAGAGAAAUAUUAGCGAAUCUAAUAUUUAUCGCCUGCAUUGAUUGUCAUCAAUCUCUAAUACAGCAUUCUACUAAACUGUAUUUAUGUAACACGACUAAAUUAACGGAGGAACUUUUCUAUGAGACGUUGCUGUACGAUUUUCAAAACUUGGGUUUAAUAAAACUAUCGAAUCCGUUGCCACUUGAAGAUCUGAUGAUGUUGGGUCUAAAGACGCAGGAAGCAGAAUGGAACUCCCAGUAUGGAGAGAUGAGUGUGAUGGCAAAAGAAAUGACAGUACUUCUUGUCACCAAGAAAGAAAUGCUGUUUGAAUAUUUCUCACUGGAAAUUAGUGCGGAUGGUGAACUCUUAGCGUUGCCUUUGUUACUUGAUGGUCAUACACCUUUCAUGGGCGCGUUACCAACGUACCUAGUACGUUUAGUUACCGAAGUUAAUUGGGAUUCAGAGAAGGAAUGUUUCGAUACAUUUUGUCGUCAAACGGCGAUAUUCUAUUCCCAACCGAACCCUGACACCGCGACCGAGGCUCAAAAAUCACAACAAUGGAAACAGGAACACGUCAUAUUUCCCGCGAUAAGAAGAAAUUUCCUACCACCUAACAGAUUUGUCACAAACGGUGUGGUUUUACAAAUAGCAAACUUGAGCGAUCUCUACAAAGUAUUUGAACGAUGUUGAAUAUAUGUGUUAUUUUUAA